AUGGCCAAUCCUCCCCACGGCGGUGUCCUCAAGGACCUCCUCGCACGCGAUGCCCCCCGCCACCAUGAGCUUGAAGCUGAGGCGGCAAAUCUACCUGCUAUUGUCCUUACCGAACGUCAGCUUUGCGAUCUCGAACUGAUCCUCAAUGGUGGCUUCUCCCCACUGGAGGGUUUCAUGAACGAGAAGGACUACAAUGGCGUUGUGGAAAACCUCAGACUUGCAGACGGGGCUCUGUUCUCCAUGCCCAUCUGCUUGGAUGUCACAGGUCAGGUCGUCGAGCGCUUGAAGCUCAAGGCUGGUGCCAGAGUCACCCUGCGUGACUUCCGUGACGACCGCAACCUGGCCAUUCUCACAAUCGACGAUGUCUACCGACCCGAUAAGAAGAAGGAGGCUCAGGAAGUCUUUGGCGGCGACCCUGAACAUCCCGCCAUCGUCUUCCUCAACAAUACCGUCCAGGAGUUCUAUGUUGGCGGUAAGGUCGAGGCCAUCAACCGCCUCAACCACUACGAUUACGUCGCACUCCGCUACACCCCAGCCGAGCUUCGCCUGCACUUUGAGAAGCUGGGAUGGUCCAAGGUCGUGGCUUUCCAGACCCGCAAUCCCAUGCACCGUGCUCACCGUGAGCUGACCGUGCGUGCCGCACGUGAUCGUCAAGCCAACGUGCUCAUCCACCCCGUCGUUGGCCUGACCAAGCCCGGCGACAUCGACCACUUCACGCGCGUGCGCGUUUAUCAGGCUCUCAUGCCGCGCUACCCCAACGGCAUGGCAGUUCUUGGCCUGCUGGGCCUGGCCAUGCGUAUGGGCGGUCCUCGAGAGGCUAUCUGGCAUGCCAUUAUCCGCAAGAACCACGGUGCUACACAUUUCAUCAUUGGGCGUGACCACGCCGGUCCGGGCAAAAACAGCAAGGGCAAGGAUUUCUAUGGCCCAUACGAUGCCCAGUACGCAGUUGAGAAGUACAAGUCCGAGCUCGGCAUCGAUGUGGUGGAAUUCCAGAUGAUGACCUACCUGCCCGACUCGGACGAGUACCGGCCGAAGGACCAGGUGCCCGAGGGUGUCAAGACGCUCGAUAUCUCUGGCACCGAGCUUCGCCGUCGCCUGCGUGUCGGCGCUCCCAUCCCUGAGUGGUUCUCGUAUCCCGAAGUCGUCAAGGUGCUGAGAGAAAGCAACCCUCCUCGCGCCAAGCAGGGCUUCACAAUCUUCCUCACUGGCUACACCAACAGCGGCAAGGACGCCAUUGCGCGUGCCCUGCAGGUGACGCUCAACCAGCAAGGUGGUCGUGCGGUGUCCCUGCUCCUCGGCGAAACUGUGCGCCACGAGCUGAGCAGCGAGCUCGGCUUUACCCGCGACGAUCGCGAUACCAACAUUGCGCGUAUCGCGUUUGUGGCCUCAGAGCUUACCAAGGCCGGUGCUGCCGUCAUUGCCGCGCCCAUUGCACCCUUCGAAGAGGCUCGUCAAGAAGCACGUGAGGUGGUCGAGAAGUACGGCACCUUCUUCCUCGUGCAUGUCAACACGAGCCUGGAAUAUGCAGAGAAGACAGAUAAGCGCGGCGUGUAUGCGCGUGCGCGUCGGAAUUCCAUCAAGAAUUUCACUGGCGUCAAUGAUCCGUACGAGAAGCCGCAGAAGGCGGAUAUGACAGUGGAUUGUGAGAAGCAGGGUGUGCGAGAGAUUGUGCACAGCAUCGUCCUGCUGUUGGAAAGCCAAGGGUUCUUGGAGGCUGCUUAA